AUGCCAGCUCUGUCUGUCUCCCUGACUGUCUGCAAUGUGUCUCUCUCUUAUCGCCAUGUAGGAAACACAAACAGUGUUUUUGCCCUGGACUACAUCAGCGGCUCCCUGACAGUGAACGGCCAGCUGGACAGAGAAAACCCUCUCUACUCAGCAGGAUUCACUCUCACUGUCAAGGCCACAGAGUUGAAGGAUGAUCGCAGCCCAUCAGACGCAACAGUGAUGACCACCUUCACCAUCCUAUUAAUUGACAAGAAUGACAAUGCCCCAAAGUUCAACAGCUCCGAGUACCGGGUUCGCAUCACUGAACUUGCCCAAGUGGGCUUUGCCCUGCCUCUUUUCAUCCAGGCAGAAGAUAAAGAUGAGGGGGUGAACAGUAUGUUCCAGGUGUUUUUGACUGGAAACAAUUCGGAAUACUUUACCAUCUCCCCCACAGCGGUUCAAGGGCGUGCCGACAUCCGUGUGAGGGUUGCCUUGCCACUAGAUUAUGAACAGAUUCGGAGCUACAGCUUUUCGGCCACAGAUGGAGAUGCAGGCCCGUUUGGGAUUGUCCGUUACUACUUUAGCGACGAGCCAGACCAGUUUUCACUGGAUGAUGAAACAGGCUGGGUUAUUCUACAGGCCAGCCUCGACUAUGAGUUAAUGCGUCGCUUCACUCUUACCGUGCUGGCAAGGGACGGUGGGGGGGAAGAAACGACGGGAAGGAUCCGAGUAAAUGUGCUGGACGUCAACGACAACGCACCGCUCUUUCAGAAAGAUAUGUACGUGGGCUCCCUUCAAGAGAAUGAGCAGGCGGUGCAGUCGGUGACACGCAUCAGGGCUACCGAUGAGGAUUCUCCUCCCAACAACUUCCUGACAUAUACCAUCAUUUCAGCGUCAGUCUUCCCUGAUUACUUCCGUAUCAUCAUGGUGGAGGGCUAUGCAGUUAUAAGUGUUAACAGGCCUCUGGACUAUGAGAUGGUUCCCAAGGGGAUGAUCUAUUUGACAGUGAUGGCCAAAGAUGGGGGAAACCCAGCGCUUAACAGCACCGUCCCCGUCACAGUGGAAGUUAUAGUCAGGAGGUUAUCAGAUUCAGGACUGGUCACGACUGGUUUCUCUGCAGAGGGGGACAGAGUGGUUAGCAGAUAUCCAGUAAUUGGCAACUUUCUUUAUGUUUGUGUCUCUGUCUCUCUCUGUCAUAAAAAAGGGGCAACUGUACUGGUUGUAAAUGCAACCGACUUGGACGCAUCGCGGGAGUUUGGCCAGGCUUCUCUCAUCUACUCCCUGGAAGGCUCCUCUCAGUUUCGCCUGAAUUCGCGCUCAGGGGAACUCACAACCACAGCCCUGCUGGACAGAGAGCAGAAGUCGGAGUAUAUCCUGAUAGUGAGAGCUGUGGAUGGAGGAGUUGGCCCUCAGCAGAAGACUGGCAUUGCCACCGUGAACAUCACCAUCCUUGACAUCAAUGACAACGCCCCGCUGUGGCGAGACGAGCCUUACGAAGCCAACGUCGUGGAGAUGAGUCCCUUAAACACUGAUGUUAUCUCUGUGUUGGCAGUGGAUCCAGAUAACGGGGAAAACGGGACGGUGACGUACGCCAUCAGUCCUGCAAACCCUUUCUACACCAUCGACAGCAGGACAGGGAAGAUCCGCACCAGCGGGAUGACUCUGGACAGGGAAAGCUCAAACUCCAGAGACACGGUCCUCAUGAGGAGCAUCGUAGUGUCUGCUGUGGACCGAGGCACACCUCCACUGCGUGCAACAGCCAGCACCACAGUGUUUGUCAACCUGCUGGAUCUUAAUGAUAACGAUCCAACCUUCCUGAACCUGCCGUUUGUAGCAGAAGUUCCAGAGGGACUUCCCAUCGGAACCUCAUUCUUCAGGGUUCAGGUAGUGGACCCGGAUAAGGACGAGAACGGUCGCAUUACGAUGGCCCUCCAGAUGGGCAUGCCGCGCCUUGACUUCCACCUCAACACCUCCACCGGCGUUCUCACCUCCACGGCUGUGCUGGAUCGGGAACAGAUCGGCCAGUACCACUUGAGGAUUGUUGCUCAUGACGCCGGGGAGUUUCCUCGCACCUCCACUUCAACUCUCACCGUCUCAGUUCUGGAUGUAAAUGAUGAGACGCCCACCUUCAACCCCAGAGUUUACAAUGUUUCCCUGAUGGAGAGUGUCCCCAGAGACCACAUCGUUGCGCGCCUCGUCUGCUUUGACAACGAUGCUGGUCUCAACGCAGAGCUUAGCUACUUCAUCACAGGUGGGAAUCAAGAUGGAAAAUUCAGCGUUGGCUUCCGAGACGGCAUCGUUAGGACUGUGGUGGGCUUGGACAGAGAGACUCAGGCGGUCUACACUCUGGUCAUUGAGGCAAUAGAAUUUGACCACACAUGUGUAGAAGAAACUUAG